AUUAAUUUUAUUCUGUUACAAAUUGCAACAAAUCAUCUAAUGGAUCACUGCUAUGAUGAGGAUGUUUUAUUUAAUCAGUUUUUGAUAUCUCUUUGCAAAUAUUCUGCAGAAACAUUUUAUAAAGCUGUUGAAAAUGGAUGGCCUAUAUGUGUUCCCAGAGAAGGUUCCUUCUCAAAAAAUAAAUACUCUGAAAAAGAUUUCAAUGAUCACAUUUUAAUUCCCAAUAAGAGUUCAGAUUUGAAAUUUAUUACAGUAAGUGGCCACAAUGUUUCUCUAGACAAUCAUGCAGUUAUAUGUCAGUAUGAAAACAAGACUUAUAGAGUAGACAUACUAUUUAUUGAAACAUGCUAUACAGAACAUAACCAUAGUUAUAAAAUAAUAUGUGUAGAUGGCCCAUUAAAUUGUACUACUAUUUUAGAAGAUAUUAUUGUAAUAACAUCUGUUCAAGACUGUUUAAAUUUUUUGUAUUCUAAAAGCAAUAAAUUGUUAUUAAAAGACUUAAGAUCCUUAAUGGACGAUUUUUUAUUAUCCAAUGACUAUAUUAAUAUGCCUAUUGAUGUCAAGAAAAAAUCCAUUGAAAAUUUGUAUACUAAAUGUUUACAAAAAGCAAACUAUCGUAUAAAAAAAUCCAAUAAUUUUUUUCAAAACAAUAUUAAACUUGCAGUAGAGUAUUUUAUACAAAAUAAACUAUAUACUGUCUUAAUAAAUGAUAUAAAUAUCUUAGUGGCAGAAGAAGAUGCUAAAUUAAAUAAACUUAUACGAAAUUACUCUAGUGCUAUGAUUGAUUUAGAAGUAGAUCAAGAAGUAAGAACUGCAAUACCAAAUGCCAGAUGUGAAUUAUCAAAAUUGUUUAUGCAUAAAACCAUUAUUGGAAAGUUUAAAUGUUUAAAAGAUACAUUUUUAAAGUUGUCUAAUGGACAUAACAACUUUACUGUGGAUAAUAUUCUAAGUGCUUUAGUCCAUUUAGUCAUUCAUUGUAAAAUACCCAAUUGGAAUGCUCAAAUAUAUUUUAUGAAACAUUUUAUUAUCAGCAAUAUAAAAGAAUUUGACGAUAAUUUCUAUUUAACUUCAUUAGAAGCAGCUAUUGAACAUAUAAAAGUUUACAAUUUUAAACUUAAUUUAACAUCAAGCUUCCAUGAUUCAAAUUAUGGUACGUUUUAUAAUUAUAUUUGCAAAGGAGAGUACUACAAAGUUAAAGAAACUUUAGAAUAUGUGAAGAUACAACAAUCUAGCUCAAAAUGUCAUCCUUUAUGUGAAUGCGAUUCUUGUAUGAAAGAGGUAUUAAAAGAACCGGCGGUUUGUGUGAAGUACAAAGAUGAACAGGGCCUCACUCCUCUUCAUGUAGCAGCUUUUUAUGGUUAUCCACUUAUUAUUGAAUUGCUCUUGGAAUAUGGAUCAGACAUAAAUGCUUUGGAUAAUUUUUCACUUACACCUGCCCAUUAUGCUGCACUCAGAGGACAACAAAAUGCAUUAUUGUUUUUGUUACAUAAUAAAGCAUUGAUGAUAGGGGACAAUGAAGGUAACACUCCUUUGCAUUUGUGUUGUUCAAAUGGUCAUGAUCUAUGUGUCAAAGCAUUAUUAUAUUUUAUGGAGUUUUCGGACUCAAAAUUAAAUAUAAACAUACAAAAUAAUCAGGGAGACACGCCUCUUCAUUUAAGUUUUAAAUGGGGUUAUACUAAUGUAGUCCAAAUACUGAUUGAGCAAGGUGCAGAUCCAUUAGUGUGUAAUCGUAGAGGUCAAACUUGUUUUGAUUGUGCUCACAAUUCCAAAAUGAUAGAUAUAUUUAAAAUCAAUAAGAGAAAUAAUAUGGAAAGAGUGAGAAGAAGUAGUGUUGAAAUUACAUUGCAGCAAAAAAUGAUUGGAAAAAUAAUAACUGCUAUAUCUGAUGGUGACAUACGUUUAGUACAACAUUAUUUAGGUAUUGAUGAUGAAAAUCAAAACAUUGAUACAUUUAUAGAUAUAAAUUGUUCUAAUUAUAAAGGUUACACUCCUCUUCAUGUAGCAGCAGCCAAUGGCCAAAUGAAUAUUUUAAAAAUGUUAAUUAGAUAUGGAGCGGACAUUAAUUUGUUGACAACUUCUGAACAGUAUACUGCGUUACAUUUGGCAGUAAAAAAUAAAAAGAGUGAAGUUAUUGAUGUUCUACUAGAUUCUGAAAAAUGUAAUAUUAAUAAUCAAGAUAAUAGUGGCAAUAGUGCAUUGCACUAUGCUUGUACAAUUGGUAAUGCUAAUAUAAUAACAAAAUUACUUGAACAUGGUGCUGACCUUGGAAUAAUUAACAAGAAAUUUAUUAGUGCUUUGGAUAUUUUAAACAAAAAUCCAGAAUUAAGGCACUUGAUUUCAGUUAAAAAAAAAAAACACUGAUAUCAAAAUAAGUACAAUAAAAUAUAAUUUGAAUCAUCAAACAAUAAGACGUUUAAGUCUUACGCUACAAAAAGAAAGAUC